AGGAACGCGCUCCGGUGCGGCUCGGCCCGCGGGGUGGCCUCGUUCGAGCCCGGCUGUCGGCUGGGGGGCCGUGCGUGCGUGCGUAAGGUCUGCGUUCUGUUCUUGCAGGUUUACGAUGACAAAGACUACAGGAGAGUUCGGUUUGUCGGCCGUCAGAAGGAGGUGAACGAGAACUUUGCCGUGGACUUGAUAGCGGAGCAGCCUGUGAGUACUGUGGAGAGCCGCGUGAUCUCCUGUGACGGCGGGGGCGGGGCCCUCGGCCACCCGAAGGUCUACAUCAACCUGGACAAAGACACGAAGACCGGGACGUGCGGCUACUGCGGGCUGCAGUUCCGACAGCAGCGGCACUAGCGGAAGCUGGGCCGGGGCAGCGGGGUCAUGUCCGACUGAAUAAAGCUGCUGCUGUCCGCGUGA